CUGGCUUCACGCCCGUUGCUGGCCACCUUUUCAUUGGGUGUUCACUCCAUUGCGAGUGCACCUCGGUGUUCAACCGUUCAACUUAGGUAUACGAGUGUUCCAGUUUUCCUCCUAUCCAUUCGUUUUUCGUCGAUGGGCUGAUCAGAUGUAGGACCUGUAGCUUCGAGAGAAAUAAACGGCACUACCGUUUUAUGGCUUUUUCACGACAAUGCCUUUGCGCUCUGCAUUGAAAGUCAAGGCUCAGAUGGAGCAAGGCGACGCAGACACUGGGACGUCGCCGUUCCCCUUUGCCUCUAGUCGGAUACUGGACUCGCCCCGCGUCCACUUCCCGCCGACACCGACCCUCACCACCACUGGGCUCACGCACGCCCCACACGUCUACGACCGGGCUCCCAUCCUCGUCCAACCCAAUGUCUGUGCACUGCCAGAGCGAGGAGCCAGGAUGUACUUCGUGACUGACGGCAGCGAGUCGGUCUCCCCGAGUGCGAAGGAGUGCUACUUUCAACCCCGUCGCUCUGGUCCUAUUCACUCCAUGCAACAAGCCUGGGCCGACACACCUGGUGCUCAGUCUAUUUCACCCUUGACGCUCUCGCCCUUGGCUCGCGGCGACCUGGUGCUCGGCAGCCACUCGUCGGACUCGUCAUCGUCGGAGAGCGAGGGCUCCGAGCUGGGGUAUGAUCACUCCCGCCUUUCAAUUCGCUCCUCGCCAUACAACGACGACGACGACCAUGACACACGCCACGCCCACCACAAAUAUACCGACCGUUCCCCGUCCUCCUACAUGCAGACCGACCUCACCUCAUCGCCCACUGAAUCCUCCCCGCCAUGCAGUUUCUCCCUCUCGUUGCCGUUCCACCCCACCAGGCCCAAGUCGAGUAAAAGCGGUGUGAAGAAGAAGAAGGAGAGGAGUCUGCAGGCAGACUGGCAGGCUCGCCGACGGACGUUGGUUAGUAGUAGUACUGCUUCGGAUUAUGAUGAUUUGUGUAAUCCAGCGUUGGAAGGGUGCUUGGGCGGGUUCUGA